AAGGGGGGUUGCUGUAAAAUAAGCUGGAGCGAGGAAGAGAGAAAUUGGAAAGCACAAGAAGGACUCGAGCUGCUCGAGUAGGUCUGAUAGGCUCUCCCCAGUGGAGAGUAACUGGGUUGCGUAGGCAAGGAGCUGCGCUCAACUUCAUCACCUGCAGAAAGCACGGAUCCAAAGGCAGGAGGGGGAAAAGGACAGCAACUUCUCACCAAGUGGAGCAGAAAGCCUCUCUCAACCUCCUGUUAGCACCCAAGAUGGACUGCUGUAAUGAAGGGGCUUGCACUAAACUCGAUGAAGACAUCUUGGACAUUCCACUGGAUGACCCUGAUGCUAACGCGGCGGCUGCCAAGAUCCAGGCCAGUUUCCGUGGGCAUAUGACCAGGAAGAAGAUCAAAGGAGGGGAAAUAGACCGCAAAGGCAAGGACGCAGAGUGCACGAGCAGCACCCGUGCAGGCGACCUACGCAACGGAGACUAAAUAAGGCCAGCAGCAAAGAAGAAAUGGAUGGAAGAGCAGCAUCCAAAUAGAUUUCCAGUUGGUCCUUUGAACAGCACCCUUCUGCUUCCAGAAGAACUAUCCCCAUCCCAUGAUGCCCCAAGGAGUCUGAUCACAGACAAGAUACAAUGCUCUCCCAUUUCUUUCUUGGAUUGCCCUUCUUUUCAGAACUGUGUCAUCCUCUUUCACUUCUGUCCAAGAUACGCUGUUGGCGCUCCCUGCUUUUUCUUGUAGUAUAGAUCAUGCAUCCCUUCCUGGCAUUCAUUCUGUGCCCCUCCCUCCGCACAUGUUGGUUUUUCUCCAUCCCCAUAGUUUAAGAACACUAAAUACGUAACACACACAUACAUUCACCCAUACUGUGUUAUACAUAGUGAUGGAAAAUAUACAUCUUACCAGGUGCAUAACCUGUUACAUCCUUUGUGUUCUUUCCCAUCAACUUUAAUAUAUCAUGCCUGAUAACACUGGGUUUGCAACUUUUAGGCUUUGGAAGAUUUUACACUGAGGGUACUACAUAUCCCCAAGUUCACAAAUGGGAGAAUUCUGGAAGUUAAAAUCCAAAAUAGUAAUGAUUCCAACCCCUGGUUUCAAGUGAUAUAACAGAAAAUUGUGUUUUGCCCCAUUAACCUCUGGCUAACUUGGUUGGAAGACAGACAUAACACUGCAAAUGGUAGUCAAUGUGUGUUCUUUACCAGGCCUUUGAAUACAUGAAGGUUGGAAUUAUCUUACUAAAAUUAAACUGAAGACCAUUUUAACAACAAAGAGAAAAGGGUUCUGAGAAUGGGAAGAGAAACACGUUUGGGAUGUUUUGGACAUUACCACUGACUAGCAGACUAUGUUGGUGUCAUUUUAGUGAGUUACAAUAUUAUAGGACCAACAUAUAGUAUCAUAACCCACUUUUUUUGGUUAUUGUGGAGGUCAGAAUUACCACCAAGCUCACUUUUAAACAAUGCCCCAGUUUAUAUAGCAAUUACCAUGUGAAUGAAAAGUGUGGGGAUCGGUGGAGAUGUUACCAGACAUUUUGCCAUAGCUAGUCACACUCCAAGAACUGAUAGAAAGAGCCUUGCCUUGAGACAUCUUUGUUGUACUUCCAACAAGGACGUCCUCUGGAGAGACCUUCCAAGGACCCCUAGAGGCUCCUAAGAAUGAUGGACACACCUCCACUGAAACCUUCCCCCACUCCAAUGUCACAGAAAUGGCAGUUUUGGUGUGGAAACUUAAAAGGUGGAGUUAAGGGGGGGAGUAGCACUGAGAGAUGUAGCUGUGGAGACAUAGGAAGGUACCAGAUAUACAUCACCUGCCUUUGUUUGCAUUUGCUUUAGCUUCUCCCUCAAGCACUGGAAGACCACCAAUCCAUUUCUUUCCCCUUUCCCUAGCUCCUCCACACGCCAAGACAGAAAAUGUUAAUAAGCUUUGGGGAAAAUAAGGAUGCAUUCAAAUCACCUUUCCUAAAAUGACAACCUUCUUAUCUAUUCACUUGAGUGCUAGGCUUCUUGUAGUGAAUAGAGCUUUCACUUGAAUGAAAGCUCUAUUCACAAGCUCUCAAAGUCAGGCAAUGGAACUUGAAUUGGAUACGGACAAACUUCUGAAGGCUGAAGGACACGGUCUUGGUUCCUGGUGUCAUUUGAUCUCUAGCUAAAAUACCCCAUGUAGGGUUGUUGUAUGUCUUUUGGGCUGUGUGGCCAUGUUCCAGAAAUAUUCUCUCCUGACGUUUCGCCCACAUCUAUGGCAGGCAUCCUCAGAGGUUGGGACAUACCUCAUAACCUCUGAGGAUGCCUGCCAUAGAUGUGGGCGAAACUUCCAGAAUACUUCUGGAACAUGGCCACACAGCCCGAAAAACAUACAACACCCCUGUGAUCCCGGCCAUGAAAGCCUUCGACAACACAUACCCCAUGUAGCUUUCCCAUCCACAACAUUGGCUAAAGACCUAGCUUUGACCCUUUUCUCCAUUCCUCAGGCAGACCAGAAAGAAAAGAAGGAACACUGAUGCUUGCAGGUAUUGUAUUGUCUGAUAGCACAGCUGAUCUUAUCCCAGCUUCUUUUCCUGCGAAAACAAUGGAGAGGCAGAACAAAGUUAGGAAGGGCAUCUCUAUCAUUCCCAAUCAGUGACCGGGGCUGUUUGGAGACAUCCAUGGAUGAAAUGGAACACCUUUAUGGACCAUGUCUGGAAAAAAGUGUUAUGUCUGUCCAGAGCCAGCCCUAGGUAUUUUUCAAGUGUAGGCAAACAGAAUUUUGGCACCCCCCCCCAACCAAUCACUGAAAAAUAAAAGUGUUGGAUAAGCAAAAAUGUUUGAUAAUAAGGAGGGAUUAAGGAAAAGCCUAUUAAACAUCAAAUUACAUUAAGAUUUUACAAAUUAAGCACUAAAACAUCAUGUUUUACAACAAAUCAACAGAAAAAGCAGUUCAAUACCUUGCGGAGGCAGGCGGCAGGAGACAGGAGUUGCCUCGAUGGCACCCCAAACAAGAUGGCGCCACAGGCAACUGCCUAGUUGACCUGGUGGUUGAACCGCCUCUGUGUCUGUCCAUCACCACAGAUGCUUAAACUUUGAAAACUUCACAGAAACCCCAUGAAAGGCCUGUUAGUCACUGACAGCUCUUUAAUACACUGAAGAUUCUGUUUCUAACCAGAUAUGGUAAUACUCUCCCAUGUAGACUGGUGUUCCACAAAGCCCUUUGUUUGCGUGUUGCAUGCUGGUUUACUCCUUGGGGCUCAAGAGUGUUAGACACACCUUCAUAAAUAUCAUGCUGCUAGCCUUCUUUCAAUCUGUCUGGCUUGUUUUGGGUUGUUUUCUUCUAUAUGAGACUCAAGUCUGAGAUAUUAAUUCUUUCAGUGUCCUCCAUUGUUACAAUUUUUUUUUCAAAUGUAGUGCAGUGAGCUCUUUUUAAAUGAUCCUAAAAUGGUAGCUGUCAGGACAUGCACUGAUUCCUAGGUUCUUUGGUCCACUAAAGCUCUCCUAGUUGCUCUAAUCCCAUCAUCUGCCUCUUUUUAUCAGCCUUCAGGUUUUGGAGUUGCAUGGAAUUACUAGGACAGUCAUCACCUAUUUAAUUUCAACACACCCUCCAUGCACACUGUUCAUACUGGCUACCUGACCCUCUGCUCCAAGUUUGCAAAAAUGUUUAUGUAGCCCUAUUGAAUCAUUUUGUCCCUACUAACUGUAGCCAUAAUGAUUGAGGCAAUGUGUUUCGUAGACUGGGUAAGGAGUAGCCCAUAACUUCUAAUCUUGGAAGUGACUGUACACUUCUUUGAUAUAGAUCUCCCUAUCCACUAGGACAAUAGUCUUUAUCUGCUUCUUUAAAUAGGAAGGACCCAUGUGGAGGGAUUUUUUUUCCUAAAGUGGACAAAUUUGGGCGUGGGGUGACUAUGAGGACAUGUCCCAACUUUGGAAUGUUUUUAGAUGUACCAAUUUUUCAAAAACCUUGCUGUUGGAGUUAUUCAAAUUUUCUGCUAAAUCAGACCAUCUUCUCUUUGUCAAUAAGGGCUGGCAUUCAUAAUUGCAGUUACAAAUACAUAACAUAGAGUCACACAUUUGUAAAUGACUCAUAUACACCAUCUCUACAUAUUCAACAUGGUAGGGAACAUGUAGAUAGCGUUAAAGGUCUCCGAAUCUAGACUUACUGGGUAGCAGCCACUAGGAGCGAAAGGGGUCUGUAUUUCUGUCAACAAGUAUCCAGUUGUGACAGAUUCUACCUGGUGUAAAUGAGAACUAUGACAGCAAUCCUGCUUCUGACUGUUGUACUAGAGAUCACUCACAGAAGCAGGUGGAAAUAUCAAUCUACUGUAUGCCAGUCAAUAGGAGAACAAAGCCUUGUUGCUUGCAACUGCUUCUACCCAGUAGAUCAGGAUUGGGGUGGUGGCUGGACUAGGAGAGGCUACAUAGUUACAUAAGUAAGGUUAUUAUCUAGCUAAAUGCCUGCCCUAGAAUACCGGUUUGCUCAAUCUCUAAUUUUUAACCUUUAGCCCUCUAGAUAUUUUAAACGUCAUCUCGUAGCAUAUCCAAUGGUUGUGAUUGUGAGCUCCCUUCUAAUCAUGUCCUUUGCUUUCCCUUUGCCUUGUGAACACCUCACACUCCUGCUCUCCUCUCCUCGCCUUUCCCUGGAGCACGCCUCCCAUCUCUCUCCCCUUACCUUACAUUUAUACAGUAGUCGGGAACAGGUGCAUUCUUCUUCUUCCCUAAUAUCCCUCAUCCCAUUUUUUCUUUUUGCAUGUGAUUUCUUCUACUGCAAUGGAAUGUUAAUAAAGGAAUGUUGUUAUGAAAAUCUA